AUGGAACGCCAACUAAUAAAUUUAACCUCUUGGCUAUUUUUCGUCUGUAAGUGGACCGGUUUCACCUCUUACUCCAUCACCUACACCCCAACCCACCCCACCAAGCGCAACAUUUUCACAAAAACGAAAUCAUCGAAUUACUUGAACGCCGUCCUAGUCCUCGUAAUCGUCUUCUUCUCUCUCGACUUCUCCGACUUCUUUUUAAACGUGGACAAAGUCGACAUGGUUUUCUCCCUAAUUUCGUCCGUCCUCUACAUGCACUACCUCACCAUCCUCAUUCUAAUCCUCAACAUGAAGCAAACCCGCGUCGUGACAACCUUCUCCAAAAUCGUCUCCUUCGCCGUUCUCACCCAAAAAAUCACCAACCGAAACAUCGACGUCGCGAAAGUGAAGAAAAUCCUGAAACUGUACACCCUCAUAACGUACGCCAACUUGCUAAUCAUGUGGUCUGCAAAUUGGUUUUCAGUUUCGAAUUACGCCAGGAUCGAUUUCAUAAUGUGGAUGAUCAAGGACGCGGUCUUAAAUUUCUCGGUGGUUUCUGGCGAAAUUUUGAUUUUUUAUUAUCUAGUAAUCACGAUAAACAUUGUUCGACAGUUCAACGAUUUUCUAAAAACAGAAAGUGAAACGGAAAUUAGGAAAAUCAAAGUUGUCUUCCAGUCGUACGCGGAUAUUAAAAAGAACAUUCAGAAUAUUUCGCAAAUCGUCGUUUUCUUUAAGACUGUGUACAUCGUGAUAGAGCUGGCUGCAACGAUCUACCAGAUUUUUAUUAUGGGGCAAAUCUACGAAAACAAGUACUUCAGCAAGCUGCCCUUGAUUCUCGUUACUGGCUACUGGAUCUUCGUUCUAAUGUUUCAAGCUUUCAGCGUGAUUUGCCCCUUCAUUUUUUAUUACAGAGAGGCUGUGUUCACCGUUUCCUUGUGUGACGAUAUUCAAGAAAACGGAUCGUUUUCUGGGUAUAAAGAACAAGAGCUCUUUUGUUUGCAAACUAUGCUUACGACUGUGAAAUUUACAACUCAUGGGUUAUUGGACUUGGACUGGCCUUUAUUCUACACUAUUGUGACACUAGUGACCACUUAUUUGAUCUACCUGAUACAGUUUAAGCAACUUGCUGAUAAACAAUAA